AUGAUGGCGAACAGAACACAGUUUUAUGGAAUAUCCCACUUUCUUAACGUGAUAGGCUGCAUCGAUUGCACCCAUAUCAAGAUCAAAAAUCCAUUUGGUGAGAUAGGCGAAGUAUAUAUGAACCGAAAGGGAUGGAUGUCCAUAAAUACCCAAGUAGUAGUUGAACCGAGCGCUGAAAUACUUUACAUAGAGGUCCGUCACCCAGGAAGCACCCAUGAUAACACCAUCUUUGACAGAAGCUCCUUAUGGGCUCGGUUUGAGAAUAACGAGCUAAAUGUGAUACUGCUAGGUGACAAUGGGUACGCUUGCAGGUCGUACCUCUUAACGCCUUUCAUAGAAACAAACUCUGAUCCAGAAAGGAGAUACAACCGUUCACAGGAAGUAACUCGGAAGACUAUCGAAAGGAUGUUCGGAAUAUGGAAAGCUAUAUUGCCUUGUUUGAGGAGCGAGCUUAGAUUAAAAUUAGAGAAUUCGUUAAUAGUGAUAGUAGCAUGUGCCGUUUUAUAUAAUUUUCGAAUUAGAUGUAACCAAAAUCAUGGCGACGAAGUCGUUAUUAGAGAAGAGGCGGAGGUGAACAACGAAAUACCUACUAACCCACAGAGUGGACUGAACAGGAGACAGAACUUUGUGCAACAACUCUUUCAAUGA